ACCGUGGCGUGCACGCGCACCGAGGACAGCAUCGGGAUCGCUCACCGUGUUUGGCUGACCGGUGCCCCCACCCACCCACCAGUGUAACAGCAUCAUCACUAUGGGGGAUUCGGGACCCCGGAACCAGACGGACCCUGACCGAGCCGAGGCCUCUCCAGGAGGCGGUUCAUGCGGAUGAACAGGACCAGGAACCUGUUGUGAUUCUCCGGGCAGUGAUCCGCAGAGGAGGCGCUGUUUGCUGUGACUCACUUCAAGCGGGUUGACGGAGCAGAUGCACCCGAGGAGAGGGCUGUCUGAGCGGCAUUCAGCUGAAUUCACAGCGAAGAUGAACGAAUUACUGAUUUUAAGCUGGUCCGGCCAACCCAACCCAGUCGGAACCGGCAGGUCUCAUCCGGAGUGAAGUCAACCGCCUCUCACCUGACGGCCUCUCCACCGCCGGGCGGCGAUGUCCACGUUCCUCCUGGACCCGCAGACGGUUUCAGCACCACUGGAGCUGGACAGCGACAGCAUGGCGCUGCGGGACGGGCCCGCCGUUCAGGAGCCUGGCGGCUUCCACGGUCCCUCUGCCGGCUCCGGAGGCCUGGGGUCGGCCUUGGAGGAAGAGCUGGCCAUGAUCACCGGGGAGCGGGGAGCCGAGGAGCCGUCGGACGUGGAGGCGCCCGGGCUGGGACGGAAGGCAGACCUAAUGCAGCUCAGCCGCCAAAAGGAGAAGGACUUGGUUCUAGCAGCAAAACUCGGCAAAGCGCUGCUGGAGAGAAAUCAAGACCUAACCAAGCAAUACGAGAAAAUGCACAAAGACCUCAGCGAGAAACUAGAGCUUCUGGAACAAGAGAAGCACGAGCUACGGCGGCGUCUGAAGAGUCGGGAGGGGGAGUGGGAGGGCCGAGUGGCCGAGCUGGAGACGGAUGUCCAGCAGCUGCAGGACGAGCUGGAGCGUCACCAGGUCCAGCUCAGAGAGGUGGACAGAGACAAGACCAAGGCCAUCAGCGAACUGUCCGAACAGAACCACAGACUGCUGGAGCAACUCAGUAGGGCUGCAGAGGUGGAGAGGCAGCUGUCCACUCAGGUCCACUCAUUACGGGAUGACUUCAGGGAGAAGAGCAUGUCCACAAGUCAGCACAUGACACGACUAGAGACUCUACAAGCUGAGCAGGGGCUGGAAAUCAAGAUGCUGUCGGAGAGGAAGAUGGAGCUGGAGCGCCGCAUCAGCGCUGUGGUGGAGGAGAACGAGCUGCUGCAGAACACCGUGGACCACCUUCGAGAGAGAACGCUGGUGCUGGAGAGACAGUGUCAGGAGAAGGACGUCCAGGUGCGACAGAGCCAGCGGGAUCUCCAAGAGGUCCAGACAUCUCACAGACAGCUGGCUGCUAGGUUGGCGGAGCUGACGGAGGAGCACAGUCUCCAGACUCUCACCCCCCACCCGUCCAGCCUGCUGUGUGAGAUCGAGCAGAGCAUGGAGCAGGAGGAGCAGGAGCAAGAGCGGGAACAGCUUCGUCUUCAGCUGUGGGAGGCCUACUGCGAAGUUCGCUCCAUCUGCUCUCAUCUCCGGGGAAAUGAUGUCACUGACUCAGCUCUGUCCACGGACUCUUCCAUGGACGAGUCCUCUGAGACAUCUUCAGUAAAGGACGUGCCUACUGGGAGCCUCCACACCAGUCUGUUAGAGCUAAAGAGGCUAACUCGGAAUUUAGUGGAUGGAAACGAGUCUACGGGAUCGAGGCGGAGCGACGAGGAGGCUCUGGAGGACCAUGUGAGGAAGCUGGGGGAGGAGCUGAGGGAGGUCAGAGAGCUGUACCAAUCAGAGCAGCAGAGGAGCCACGGCAGAGAGGAGGAGCUACAACAGCUGCACAGCCAGAUGGCGCUGCUCUCUGUAGAGAUGUGUUCCCUCCAGGAGGAGAACGAGCAGAUGAGGGCAAUGGCGCAGGUCCGAGAACCCAGCGAGCAGCUCCAGAGCGCCAUCAGAGACAGAGAUGAUGCCAUAGCCAAGAAGAAGGCAGUGGAAAUGGAGCUGGCCAAAUGUAAAAUAGACAUCAUGUCUCUGAACAGCCAGCUUCUGGACGCCAUCCAGCAGAAGCUCAACCUGUCGCAGCAGCUGGAGGCCUGGCAGCUUCAGAACCACCCUCUCUCCCCCUGUGGUACCUACCCUCCUGCCUUAGAGGACGACAUGCACCGAGUGAUUGACCAGCAGCUGAUGGACAAGCACCAGGACGAAUGGCGCUCGGCCCGCCCCUCCCUGUCCGGGUCUUCGAGGAACCAGUCCUCCAGGCAGGCUCGCUGCGUCUCUGAUCAGGACAAGAGACUUUUCUCUUUUUUCAAAAAGAACUGAGCCCUGUUGGAGCGGGCCUAAGCACACAGAGACAGACGAGGUGAGGGACAUCCAUCCAUGGGGUGACGAUGCAGCCAAAGACUGGCACGUGUUGAUGGGGGGAGGGGGGGGGGGGUCAUUUUGCACUUUAUCUGUCCUUUGCCACUUCUCCACGUGGAUGAGUUGGAGGCUGCUGACACAGAAUAAAAGAAAUCAGGAGACUUCCCCCAAGGCUUGGGCUUCAAACUUCCCCAACAGAGCAAACCAGGACAGGGUCGCCAAGUUUACCUCCACAGACGAAGGAUUCCUUGUAGUGCCUACAACCAUCUCUACACCCCCACUGCCAGCUCCGUAGAGGUGGGAACCACACAACAGUUAGCGUAUGCAUCCCUGCUACCAGGUCCAGGAGAGGAGGAUCUCUAGAACCCUCAGAACAAUGAAGUCAGGUUUAUUCAUUUGUUCAGGAAAACGACCAACUGUCAAACCAAAGUGGGUAAAACAGUGAAACACAGUGACUGAUAUUCAUCGUGUUUAAAUUCUAGAUAUUAGAGUGUUUUACCAGCAAGCUGCUUGGGUGUCAUCUUACAUUAAAAACCAGUCCUAGAUUUAGCCAACCCUACCCCUGAUCCUAGCGUCUCUGUGAUGAGAUGCAGGUCUGAAGACCAUCUUCUCUUUUUGCAUUUUUUAUAAUGAAUGAUUUCCUUUUACAAACAAGUUAAACUGACAAAAAUCUAGACGAACGAGAACCUGAGUCUGCAGCCUUGAGCUCUCCGUGUUCGUCUCUGACACGAGGAAGGCCUCGGGAGGCUCCAGUCCAGAUGAUAUUUUACAUGAAAUGCUAUUUUUUUAUGACACCGGCACUGCCCCAUCGUCCCUGCGAUGUCAGCCAUCUUCCUAGUUGACCAAACUUUGCUAAUCGUUUACAUCGGCUCGAGGAGGAGGCAGACCUAAGUUUGAUGUUAGCACCGUGUCACUAAGCUUCCUGUGCAGCCGCCCCCGUCUGCUGCUUCACGUCCAGCCCUAGCAGCAAAGGUCUACCUCCACCCUCACAGCCACAACACUUCAUGAGCACUUUGAUUUCUCAGCUGGCGGGCUUCCAUGUCCAUGUUGGAGGAUGAAGGACUGAAGCGUGUGUCUGUGUUUGACUAAAGCAGCUGUGCUGACCUAUGCAGGUGUCUUCAUGUCAUCUCAGCUGGUUGCCGGGGAAGAUCAACCCAAAGAAAGAUUUUAUACAUGAUAAAAACACUGUAGGUUUGGGAGAAACUGAUAUAUUUGUAAAGAAAUCUUUUGUAGAGAGAGAUGUAUCUGUACAGUCGUUGUGAAGCUCUGUUUUCGUGUGCGGCGAAAUGAGCGAAGAGUCAGAUUAUCUCCCCACUCAGAUGAUUUAUUUUAGGAUUUGGGAGCUCUGCGGGGUCCAGGCGUCCAUGCUCCAGGUGUUUAAGGCUUCCUGAUUGGAAUCACAAAGGUUUGUAUUCAAAUAUUUUAAAAUAAACAUAAAACUUCUAAGGCAGGUGUGUGUGCUACGGACAGUAAUGACGACGUUUGCUCACGUUAAUUUUUAAACAUUUUCAUUUCAGCAUUUCUCUGUCAAACUCAUCGCAGAUCCUUUGAUUUAUUUAUUACACAUCUUGUUAUUUUUAUGGCCGUUUUAACGUUUGCACUCCAAACAAGAAGCUUGAUAAUGAAGACGUUAAUCUGCUCCUCUAAAGGUAAACUGACGGAUCGGGGCUCCACAGCCGUGACAGUUAAAGAUGUAUUCAUCUGUUUACUAAAUAGUUUUGUGGGCCCAUAAAAGCUACUGAUCAGAAAGGCUUUGGGUAGUAAGGGCUGUCUGUUACAGCUGGCUAAUAACAGCAUAGGCUGAGUCUGAAAACACAGCAGCUCUAGAUGAGCAGUGCUGACACCAUGACUGGCUGUAAGAGCCAUAAAAACAAGUUUAUUUUCAAAUAAAAAUAUUAUUUUUGCUUUAGAGAUCAACCAGUCAUAAUUAUAAUUAAACAGGAAGACAUGUAAAACACACGAGGAGCGAUAAUAAAAGCCAACAUGAACCGAAACAACACAGAAACCAGCGAGAUGUUUGUUUUCACCUCCAGUCAUCUGAUGAUGAUGGUUUCUAUAAUAAAGCCAUGAAAACAGGAAGAGAAACGCCCUUCAGACACAAUAAAGCAUGACACAUUGG